AUGGCCGAAGCAUUUCUUGUGGUUGCCGUCCAGCACCAGUUGGGCCCGGGGCAACAGGCAACACUCGCUUCCUCCGCCUUUCCGCUCGGUAACGGCUCUCGAUCUUUUGCACCAUGGGCAUUGUGCAGCAUUGAGGAAGGGUCCAGCAUGUGCACCGUCAGAAAUGGUGGAAGGGCGAGGCGCAAGGGGAGACUGGGAUCGGGUGGCAGACGCGCAGUGACGGUCGCGUGUCUCGAUACUGGGCACGCGCCUUCCUUCAAAAACAGCCUUGAAAAUGGAUUAGAAAAAGCUUGGAAAACGGUGCGAAAUGGAACACAGAUAGGACGUUGUGGACUGAUUUUUCAACCCGGAAAGAAAUCGAACUGCGGCGAAGGCGGUUCAAAGAUUGACGUCACGGGUGCCUGGGCUACAUUAGGGCGCCCACCCCCAGGGCAGUCUUCCUCCGCCCCUCUCUCGGCGGACCUCCUGCCACCGCCACCGGCUGUCCCUGCCAGGAUGAAUCGGGGGAUCGGUGUCGUCAAAAACGCGCUGUACAACGCCUACAAGGACACGGUGGAGAGGGUGACGCCGACGCCCACGGCGUCCAAGUUCGAGGAGAAGCGCAUCCUCACCCCGGCCGAGUUCGUGAAGGCGGGGGAUUACCUGGUGAGGGCCUUCCCCUCCUGGGCCUGGGCGGGAGGAGAGCCUCGGAAGAGGAAGGCCUAUUUGCCCGACGACAAGCAGUAUCUCAUCACCAGGAGAGUCCCGAGCGUGACAAGGGCGGCCGAAUUCGGAGCAGUCGCGGAAGUGGCCGGGGGCGAAGACAGCGAGGAAUGGGCAACAGUGGGCACGGCCGGGACAGCUCAGCACACGGCUGCAGACAAAAAGGAGGAGGACGACGUGGUUGACAUCGGCGACGAACCGGACGACGAGGUACUGCCAGCUUCCAGCACAUCCACGCGAAAGUACGAUUUGUACAUUUCUUAUGACAAAUACUACCAGGUGCCGAGAUUUUGGCUGGUGGGAUACGAUGAAGAAGGGCAACCCCUCUCUGCUGAUCAGAUCUAUGAGGAUGUGAGCCCAGUCCAUGCAAGGAAUACAAUCACCUGGGAUGAGCACCCAAAUGAGAGGAUGCGUGCAGCAUCUGUACAUCCUUGUCGACAUGGUGAAGUGAUGAAGAAAUUGGGAGACGAAAUGCGGGCUGGAGGCAAGGAGUUCACUGUGGACCACUACCUUGUGAUCUUCUUGAAGUUCGUCGCAUCAGUGAUGCCAACGAUCGAGUGA